ACGCAGCCGCGGCUCCCUCUCCGCCGCCGUCUCUCCGCUCCCGCCCCCGCCCCCGCCCCCGCCUUGCUCCCUCUCCGCCUUCUCCCUGGCCACCGCGCCCUCCACCCCCGACGCGGCUCACCCACGACCGUCGCUCCCCCCUCACCCACCAUGGCAGCCGCCUCGUCGGGAGAAGCUCCAGGUCGGCGUGGCGGCGCGCCACCGAGCCACCCCCACACGCCUGCAGCCUGCAGCCUGAAGCUAGCAGAGGGAGCCUCGCGUCCAGCCACAACGACCGCCUGGUUUGCUGCUCUUCAUCCUUGGCUGCACGGAGAGGUACGGUCAGCUUCUGUGCCAAACUCCUCCGUCCGCGCUCUCUCCAGAACAAGGUCAACCUCCUCCUCUAUGACCUCCAUCAGCAAAGGAUGCGUUGAGCGACAGGCGACGAGCAAAAAAAGAGGUGAAGCAGUAGCGACAGUAGCUGUUGGAAUUCUAUUCAGUAAUGCCCAGGCUUGUCCUAGUGUUAGUUUUCAGAAAGUUCAGACUUUCAUUGUUCCUUUCUCUGAAGAAAGUUAGCAUUGUUUGUUAAUCAUUGAGAUAGUAUCCUCUGUUUUCGUUUGGCUAGCUGGACAGGUAUAAAUUUGAGAUACAUCUGACCUUCUAAUGCUUGUCUUUUUGACCAAUUUUUGGCAGAAAUUAACGAAACGUAAAGAGCUAUAAUAGUGACAGAAAAUGUAAUAUACACAUGUAACAUUUUCACCCUCUCCAUGCAAAGAUUUGAGAUAAACCAAACCCAUCCCGUCCUGUCCCAUAAACCAAACGCUGAGAUAGAGUCAUUCCGUUCCACCCAAUUCCCUCGACCAAACGCCGGAAUGGAAUGGAAUGGAAUAGAACCAUGACAUUCCAUUCUACUUUCGUCCCGAACCCUGUGCUGCUUUGUGGGCGAGUAUGUUCUUCAAUUGCAGACUCUAGUGUAGUUUAUUUUGAGCAUUGACAUGCUUUCAUGAUUUUUCUGUAUUCAGAUACCAUGCUCUUCUUUAGAUUCGGCAGUCUCCUCUUGCAGGUGAUAAGCUCACAACAUUGUUCCACUGAAAGACCUCAUAAAGAACCUGUUCCUGUUCCUGCCGUGAUUGUCGACCUCAUAAAGAAGAAGCAGUGAUUGUCAAUCUCAUAAACAAGAAGCGUGCAGAGACAGUUUUGAAUGAAGAUGGCUACCUUGAUAUUCAAUGCAGAGUUUUGAGGGAGAACAACUCAGAAGGUAGUAAAUUGGCGCUGUACAAGGUGGCUGCUAUUUUCCAUGAUGAUGAUGAUGCUCAGCUACUACAGCAAGCACUCGCUAUGUCAAUGCAUGAGGGAGCUUCAGGAGCUGCAGCUGUGGUUGAUGCUGCUAUGGCAGAAGCUGCUGCAGAUGACCAGGAUUUGGCAUUGGCUCUUCAAAUGUCUGUCCAGGACACACAGGGGUCAAUCUGAUAUGAGCAAAGUGUUUGAAGACAGAUCAUUUGUGACAUCCAUCCUUAAUACGCUUCCCGGUGUUGACCCCAAUGACCCAUCUGUGAAAGAUCUACUGGCAUACUUUGCGUGGCCAAGGAGAGUGAGGAAAUGGUGCCUCCACCUCUGUCUACAUCUCCAAAUCCCGCUGUGCUCAAGUCUAGGAGAGAGGCUGAUGAGCCCUAUCUCUGUCCCGUUGAUGUGUGAGGCGCCUUCCGUCCUACAGGCAUGAUGAUGUUCUUCAUAUGUUCUGUCUAGUUGGUUUUGCGUGGCUGGUCAAGUAUGCAGACCUUGUUUUGAUCGUUGUAACAUUUGUUCAACUAGUAUGACAUGCACUUCUGCUCUGUAGUGGCAUUGAGUGAGGUUUUAGAGGGUUUCUUUUCUCUUUUCUACUGAAUUAUGUAUCGAACCUCAUGUUUUUUAUCUAAAAGGUAUAUUCUCUGCUCCAA